GUCGUCGGGUUUUUGCCGACUGCGGAUAUCAGUUUAGUGUUUUUAUCGGCUCCCUAGCUGUUCAUUUCCAUAUAAAACGUCAUUACGAUCUGUGCGGAGGGAUUGAUUGUAAUCUCGUUGGAAACAGCGCGACGGACGCGUUCCAUUUAUAAAAGUGAUCGAUAAGAGCUCCCAUUGUUUAUUGUUGAAUGAAAAGUAAUGCUUCCAUGUAAUCGUUAGCUAACAAUAUCUGUUUUUAACAAUGACGAAAAAACGUCAAUUAACAUAAGUGUGAAUAAUAAUUUGAUAAAAACAAAUGAACAUUUUGAAUUAAUGCAUUUUGUGAUUGUGAGUGACAGAUUCCCGCAAUUAAAAAUGAACAUUCCAAGUCACGUAACUGCCACAGUACGUACUAAUAUUGACACAAAAGUUAUUUAAUUUCAUGAACUAAAAGCCCCAUCAACAAAAUAUUUUAACAUCUCAAACGCUUGUUUAUUAUCUUUACAAGCUUACCUAAUCAUAACAUUUCGGAUAAUUCUAUAAAUAAUCUGACAUGUAAAAAUUAUUACGUUUCGUUCUUCGGUUCGGUUCGCAGUUUCCGAACGAUCGCAGAUAGACAAUCAUGCAAAUGGUUUAGUUACUAGCUCUCAACAAUGUUUUGUGCCCGUGAAGUGACGUGGGUAAUCUAACAGUGGGAUAAAAAUCUAUUGUUUAUGUUAUACGAUGCUCUGAAAGAUGUCAGGCGGCAACUCAAAGAACAAGGCUCGCUCCAAGAAGCAGGAAGGAUGGGAAGAAGCCGGUGGGGAGUUCUACCAGGAGUUGUACCCUGGUGGAGAGCAGGAACUCUUUGAUAACCUGCAGCGGGCUGAUGCUGCUAAAUUGGCUACAUUACUGCCUUCAAAGCAGGCUCGGAAUACCACAACGGUGAAGCGCGCGCGUUCUCAGAAUGAGAGGCGACAGUCCACCUAUGCUAGGACCACGCAGAGCCGGGAUAUACAUCUGUCUAUGUUGCCCGAUUUAUCUGAGAACCUAUCAAAUGAAGAGCGUACCUGGGAGGAGAUCAUGCAGAUCAAAGCGAUGCCAGUUCCUAUGAACCAGAAACGUGAACUUAAGGCUAGACUACAGAAUGCCACAAAACUUCGUCUACAAGGGUUCGAACAACUCCAAUGGCGACAACGGAAAGUCUGGCAUCGAUUCCGAAUAAGAUUAUCCGAAGUUGUUGGCAAACUAGAGCUCUGGCAAUCCCCUAUGAGAGAAAUAGAAGGCAAGUUUGGUACAGGAGUGGUCUCCUAUUUCCUCUUCCUCAGGUGGUUAUUAUUCCUCAACGUUGCUAUAUCCCUUCUCAUCAUCCUUUUCCUAAUCCUCCCAACUUCGGUCCUCAAAGAGGUAGAAUACGACUGCGAUGGGUACGAACCAAAUUCUACCAUUUGCUGCUCUCAAUAUUACCUAACAAAAAAUUUGACGGAUACCAAUGUGUUUCUCGAUGUCAUCCAAGGCACAGGUUGGAUGGAACGGACCAUACUUUUCUAUGGAGUGUAUUCGGACCAGAUUUACACGUAUUUUUUAAACAAUUUGUUCGAAAGUGAGCUCUAUUAUAACAUGCCUAUGGCGUAUAUUCUUGUCGCUAUUUCGUGGGUACUUCUUUCGUUAAUAGCUAUUGUGAAAACUGCCGCCAAAGGGUUUAAAGAGCGUUUGGUAGAAAAUGAAGGACAAUUUUAUAAGUACUGUAAUCUGGUGUUUGGAGGCUGGGAUUUUUGCAUCCACAACGACAAGUCAGCUAAAAUCAAACAUAAAGCAUUAUAUAAUGAAAUAAAAGGUUAUUUGGAAGAAGAAAAAUAUAACGAAGAAAGGCAGUUAAGGACUAGAGAAUCACAAAUUCUGAUAUAUUUCAAACGUUUACUUAUCAAUGUAAUUGUGUUUGUUAUACUUAUUGCUUCUGGAGUUUUAAUAUAUUUCGCGUUUAAUUACUCCACGGAUAGAUUGAAUGAGGAAGUUUCCGAAAAUGUUGAAGAAGAAACUAGAAUUGACACAAAUGUGUCUCACAGUGAAAAGUUUACCUUAAAACUGUAUAGAGAAGGUGGCAUGUUCUUCGGCCAACUAGAAAACACGCUGCUAGAAUUCCUACCAUUUAUAUGUAUAGUAGUUUUAAAUCUUAUAGUCCCAGAAAUAUUUAGCUAUUUAAUACAAUUCGAGAGUUAUACCCCAGCUCAUGUAUUAAUUAUUACGUUAUUAAGAACAGUUUUGUUAAGGCUAUCGUCCUUAGCGGUGCUUCUAAGCCAAAUGUACAUGUAUGUGAGAGACAAUGGUUUCGUCUGUUCGUACACAAAAGACGAAUCUUCGUCAAAACUCGAAUGCUGGGAGACGUAUGUCGGACAACAGCUAUACAAGUUAAUACUCACGGAUUUUGCUGUACAAUUUGUGACCACUUUCUUCAUUAACUUACCCAGAGCGUUCUUAGCAAGACACACGAAUAGUAGGUGCUUCAAAAUCAUAGGCGAACAAGACUUUUAUUUGCCAAAACAUGUCUUAGAUAUAGUGUACACACAGACUAUUAUAUGGAUGGGCUCAUUUUUCUGUCCUUUCCUACCAAUAAUCGGUACAAUAUUUUAUUUCUUAAUUUUCUAUAUAAAGAAAUUCACUUGUUUGACGAAUUGUACGCCGUCGCCGGUCGUGUAUAAAGCUUCGAAAUCAAAAUCUUUGUUCAUGUCUGUUCUAUUGCUGGGUUUUAUUGCUUCUAUUGCUCCGGUAGCUUAUUCUGUUGCUGAAAUAUUUCCCUCUAUCAACUGUGGGCCGUAUCGAGGUUACAACAAUGUCUGGGAAUUUGUCGUGCAAACAUUUGAUGGUUUCCCAUUCAUUGUUCGGGAGUUUAUCUUCAGAAUGGGAACUUCGACUUUUGCAGUCCCGGCUUUUGCUGUAUUAUUAUUCUUUUUGUAUUAUUACUGGGCCGUGGCGGCAGCGAACAGGCAUAUGGUGACAGUUUUGAAAAACCAGUUGGUGUUAGAAGGUCAUGAUAAGCAGUUUCUACUGAAUAGAUUGAGUGCGUUUAUAAGGCAGCAUCAGAAACGAUGUGAGAGGAGGAAUAGAGCUAGUUUUGCGGAUGAUGAUUCAAUUAGACAGAGUUCUAGGUAAAAUUGUUGGGGGUAGAUUUGUUGGGUUAGAGCCGUUUAUAGUACAGUGCAAUUUUCCUAAUUUACGAUUUUGUUGUAUUAGAAUGAUACUUUGAUCUUAAACUGUGAAUUAUUUUUUAAAACUACAUUUCCCUUCCUCUCUUUCAAUCAUUCGCUGUCCCUCUCUCAAGCUCUCUUUUCUUUUUUUUUUCCCCGUACGCGGGAACUUUAAUUUCUAUAAUAAUUCCUUACACGGUUUUUCUUUAUCAUCUCAAGCGAUAAUUGCACUGAACUAUGAAUGAACCAUUAAGGUGAACUUAGAAAAUAAUUUUAUAAUGACUAUGAAAUAAACUAGGUAACUAUGUAAUAUAAUAACAUAGAAAUUCUCUGAAAAUGCCAUCAUUUACUCUUCCCACUGACGCUUUAUCUACUUCAGGAAAAAUAAAUUCCACAAGUUUCUUUGUAAAAGGAGUUCUGGCGUAUUUUUACAUGCUUUUUAAAUAUUCUAUGAUUUUUAAAAGAAAUAGUUUAACCUGACAACACAAAUACAAACUUAAGGUUAAAAUUAUUUUAAGAUUUACUUACAACGGUAAAUAAAAAACAUGAAAUCAUACUCGAAACAAACAACUACCAUAUUUUAGAAAUUCUAGCAUUAUAAAGAAAGUCCUUCUCUCUACGGCCAAUAACAUAACAAUAGGACACGAACGAACGAAACGAAGAUAUGAAUCAUUUCACUUACUUUUCCCACAAAAGUGAGUAAAACAGUUACAAUCUUUUUUUCUUGAAUAUCUGCCAUAUUGUGCCAUGGUAGCCUAAAAUCUUUAUUUACUUAGCAUUUUGUAUUUAUGAACUACAUUCCUAUAGUCUUACUUUUAAAUAACAAUUUUACAGUGCCAGGUUUAAGACUGACUAUUGUCCUAUCUCAAGUCAAAUAUUGCAAGAUUUUGGC